GACGACAAGGUGCUCAGGCAGGCCAACCGAAAGUGCAGUAACCAGUUAACCUAGUUACACCAGCAGAGUGUCCAGCCAAUCGACAGACAGUCCUUGAACAUGUUGGCGCUGUAAGUUGGGCAGGACAAGAAGGAUUUAGCGACUCCUACUCAAAAUGCACAUCCGUUUGCCAUCUGGACGACGCCUACAUACGUACCUGAAAAUAGGCACCUUUGUCCUGGUGGGCAUCUUCUAUUUUGCCUUCCUGUUCCGGGAAUCGCUAAAUGCAUUCGAGCAUCGGGAACGUACCACGACCUCCGGAUUCGAGGCAGCAGAAUACGCUGAACCGUCGAAGCUUAAGCUCAAGCAACUGCAUCGCCAACGCGUUAAGCAACGCAUCCGACCAAGUGCGGCAAAUGGGAGCUCUGCAGUAGCUAAGGAUACAGCGGCCGGCUCAACGAGCACAUUGAAUCCGGCUUACGAGUAUUCGGAGGAGCUGCACAGCCGCACCGAACGCGAUUUAAAGCUGCGCCGCGAGCAUUUGGCGAACGUGUGCGGGCGAUACAAGCUGCAGGAUAAGUAUCCGCCAAAUCCCUGGGAGUUCUUCAUAUCGCCCGGCCACAAUAAUCUCGUGUGGUGCAAUGUCUUCAAGGCGGCCAGCAGCACCUGGUUGUACUACUUCAACAUACUGGCUGGCUACGAUCUAAAGUAUCUGCAGCGAACGGAAGUGCAGCCGCUGGAACUGGCCCGACAGCGCUUCCCCCGACCGGGACUGGCAGAGCUGCUGGAACUAUUGCCCAGCGCAUUGUCCUUUCUGUUUGUGCGCGAUCCGUUCGAGCGGAUCCUGAGCGCGUAUCGCAACAAGCUGGAGGGCAAUCGCAACAGUUUCUACAAGGCGCUGGGCACCAAGGUCGUCCAUCGUUUUCGCCGCCGCAGCGUGAGCGGAGCGUUUCCCCGCUGUGGUCCCACGUUCGAGGAGUUCGUGCGCUUUCUCAUUCAGGAGCACGCGACGGGCAAUCGGUUUGACGAGCACUGGGCACCUGUGUACAGCUUCUGCACACCUUGCAGCGUGAAUUUCAGUAUCAUAGGCAAAACGGAGACAUUCCAGCGCGACUCGGAGUUCAUCAUUAGGCAGGCGGGGCUCGAGUCUCUGCUGCUGGGCAAGCUGCCGCGACGCAAGCUGCGCAAAAUCGCGAAUCGAGCUCGGAACGGCGUCAAGUCCGAGGAGCUGGUGGAGCGCUACUUUGCCGAUCUCGAUCGGUCCACAUUGGACCAAUUGCUCGAGAUUUAUCGUAUUGAUUUCGAGCUAUUCGACUAUGACUAUCUCAAAUACUACAACAUGGUGCAUUCCUGGAGCACGGAUCAAAGUACAACGCCAACGACAGCCAGGAAUGGAAGAAGAAGAACCGCAACUGGAACCGGAACCGAAACGACCGCAUCCUCAGCAGGACCAGACUGAACACAAGCUAGCUAAACAAUCUUAUUUGUGUACCUCUUGCACCUGGAAAGGAUCACGACGAACAACUGAAACCCAACCGAAUCAAUCUAGGCCAAAUCAAAGUUUUCCAAAAACAAAGCACAACAAAAUGUUCAACCUAACACUGGGAUAAAAAUGACUUAUUUUUAUGCAUUUUUUGAGGCAGUCGUUCAAAUCCUAUACAGUUCCACUGGCACGCCCCCUUUUUAGGGACAAUCCUCAGCGUAGUUCUCUUAGUUAGUACCAAGUACAGUUGCAUUAUAACUAAUAUAUAUUUCCCUAACACACACACACACCACCUACCUUAAAAGCGAACAAUUUUAAGAAAAAAAAACAUAUAUAUAUAUAUGCAUAGAUAUUUACAAUAAACAUAUUUACACCCUCGACGCAUUCUCUAUGAACUCUACGAAAGAUUUGCACCAAAAAAAUGCACAGGUGCAUUUUACGAACACAGGUGAGGUGUCUUCAUCAAUGUUUUUACCAGAACGGGAUGGGCUUUUUCCUAUUCUAACGAAAGCGAAAGUUAAGAGAGAGAAAGAGAGAGAAAACCGAACACAAUUUUUGGGGCAGGGCAAGGCGAAGAUCGUUAGCGAAAACAAAUCUGCAAAUAUUUACAGAAAUCUAAUGUAAACUAUUCAUGUGAUGUUUAAACUUAACGUAUACACAUAUAUGUAUAUAUAUAUACAUAAUUGAAGAUUAUACGUACAUAUAUUGAAAAAAAAACUUUACUUAUUAUAACUAUUUUCGAUUGUAUUCCAUGUAAAUGAAACCUUAAUUGAGGAACAAACUUUAAUUAUGUUUCAACGAUAUUAUUCAACUUUUUUGUUGGCAACUAAAUAAAAGUCUUAAUAAAUAGUAUACAAAUGUUUUGUUAAUUAUCUAUAUCAAUCGAUAGUACUAAUGCUAAUGCUAAUGCUAAUGCUAAUGCUAAUGCUAAAAUAGCCGAGAUACUCGAAGAAAAAAAACUCAUCAAAAAAGGUUCAUUUCACAUGGGUAUCGCUUUUUGGUCCACAACUUUUUGAAACCCAUCGAUUUCUAAUUUAUUUGAAUGUCA